AUGGAAGGAAUGCCAAGAUUGCCCGAUAUUGAGCCUAUUCUAAAACUUCCCAUGAAUGAAUAUGAUGAUACGUUUGACUUGCAACUAAAAGAGUAUAUCUUGCUACAUUAUCAAGCAGAUCCACAUGUUUUCGAGGAUGCUUUCAAGGAAAUCAAGAAUAUGAAACGAAACAUCAAUACCAACUACUGUGAUGUAGAAACAACCUGUGUUCUUAAACGAUACUUUUCUCAAAUUCUUAUGAUGAAAAAUCGAUUUCCAAUGGAAUCAGGAGACCAAAUAUGCAUUCCUUUCUCUUGGCAAGAUCAGAUAACAGAAAGUACUGCUGUUGUUACUCAUUAUGAUAUCAACUAUGAAUUGGCUUGUAUAAUGUAUCAAAUCGGAGCUGUUCACUCUCAUAUUGCUAGCGAACAGCCUAGAACGGAAGAAGAUAGCAUUAAAAAUGCUUUCAUGCAUUUCCAAUAUGCUGCUUUUCCAUUUCAAUAUAUGAGAGAUAAUAUGGAAUUGGCGAAGUUUAACUGUUUAGACUUUGACAAAGAUCUUCUGACUUUUUAUGUAAAUAUCCUUUUGGCGCAAGCCCAGGAAUGCCUUGUACAGAAGAGUGUGAACGAUCACCGCAAGCAUCUGAUCGUCGCCAAGCUUACUAUUUAUUUGAAAGAGUUAUACAAGAGUUGUUUGAAUCAUAUCGAUAAGAACUUGUCGGGAGGCAUCAGCCCAAAAAAAUAUAAAUUAUGGGCAACAUUAUGCUUCAUGAAGAUGGAGAUGUACGCCUGUAUGACAAUGCUCUAUAUGGGAAUGAAUUCCGAGGAAGAAACCAAAUAUGGGUUUAGGCUAGGCUAUUAUAAAAUCGCCAAGACCCAUUUUGACAAUAUGGUUAGUGCUUAUGAUAAGAACCUCUUCGAUUUGAAAGACUCCAUUCAGUUUUUGAGUGAUGUCGUAAACGGAAAAUUAAAAAAUGCGGACGAUGAAAACAGAUUGAUCUAUCAUGAGAGAGUUCCAUCAGCUGAGGAGCUUCAGAAUAAUUCCGUUGAAGGUUUAUGUAAAGUUAAGCCGUUGGGAUUUGAUCCUCUAGAUCCAUCUAUAGGAGGAGAAGAUAUUUUUUCCACUUUACUUCCGCCAUCAGUUCUGGCUACAGUUUCCGAGUAUGAGGAUCAGAAGGCUAAGCUUCGUCGGGAGAUCAUGCAAGAGAUUGAAGAGAAGAAUGAGGAACUACAAACCUUCCUUAUUGCUUUAAAUGUCAAUGAAUUGGGCUUAAAUGAGGGUAGUGAGGAUUUCCAUGUACCGGAUAUACUCCUUGAACGGAAUGCGUCAUUGGCUUCUCAACCUGAUGCUGUUCCCAAAAUUCUUCAAGAAUUACAAGGAGUUAAUGAGAGGAGUCUGCAGGCCGAAACGAAGAUCAGUUGUCUCCAGGACCGAUUAGCAGCGAUUGAUUUGCCUGAAUUAAAAUCUGAUGAAGGUUAUCAGGCUAUAUCUAAGGAAGUGAGCAGGUUAAAUGAUCAUCAUUUACAAGCAAGAACAAAUAAUGGAGAGCUUCAUAAGGCUUUAGCUGCUCAUUCAGCAAAUCUGCAUCUUUUAACUUUGCCGUUAUAUGAGCUGAGAAACAAAUUAUAUCCUUGCGCCUCUAAUCCAGGUUCAACAGAAGAAGGUCUUGUUCUGAAGAAAUAUCUCGAUAAAGUCGAAGAAAUGAUUAAUCAGAGAUCCAAACUAUCACAAAGACUUUCGGGUGAAUUAGAUUCCGAUGAUAUUUCCAAACGUUUGCUGGCUGAAAGAGACACUAAUUGCAAACAUAUUUUCGAGAAGGAGCUGAAGAAGCAUGACCAGACUAUCCAGUAUAUUCGUUUAAACCUGACAGCACAGGAAAAGAUUCUGAACGGAUUGACUGAGGCCAAUGCUGAUUUUGCUGAGCAUCGGCAAAAAAUUCAAGAGGGGAACAUUAAGAGAUCCGAGCAGAUAACUGAUCUAGUUCAAUCUUUCGAUGUUUAUUCUGAUGUUUGUGAGAAAGUUGAUGAAGGAAAAAGAUUUUAUGAAAAGCUUCUUGACAGAGUUGACAGGUUGGGAAUUGCUGUGAAAGGAAUGGAAAGUGCUUAUGCUGAAGAGAAGCAGAAACGGGAGGGUGAAAUGAGAGCAUUAGAAGAGAAAAUGAAAGCUCUGCGAGCAGCGCAGGAGGCUAGAUCUGCCUUAUCCGAUUUUGCUUUGGGCCCUAAUCCUGGAAUGGUUCCUAAUUCAAUGGAUAUGGGUCGACCAAGCCCUGUACCUUCGAUUGGUAGUUCAGGAGGAAGAGGUAGAAUUGGAGAUUAUAAGGAGUUUUUCCGAAGCAAGAUGGGUCUACCUCAGAAUAUGGGAAAUGUUACUCCCGUGACGCAGUUAAGUGUUCAACAGGAUCAUUUCCCUAGUGGGGGGUCUACGCAACCUCCUUCUCCUGCUCCUAGUAGUGUCUGUGAUUUCCACUUCAGUCCAACAGUCGAAAGGCCGCCAGUACAAAACUCCAAUCAACAUUAUUAUCCUGGACAGUAUCAACAACCUCAAGAUUCAAUUUCUUUCCGUCAUAUUCCAACGACUGCACCUCAGCAUGCUCCACAACAUGUUCCACAACAUGCACCUCAGCAUGCUCCACAACAUGUUCCACAACAUGUUCCACAACAUGCACCUCAGCAUGCUCCACAACAUGUUCCACAACAUGCUCCACAACAUGUUCCACAACAUGUUCCAGUUAACGGGAAUAUUGUCUCAAUGCAUAGUAAUGGGUAUCUUCCUUCGACCCAGAGACUAGAUGGUCCCACAUCUGUGGCUCAAGGACAAAAUUGGUCAUCUCAACCUGUUUCACAAAAUUUCUACAAUCAAUUUCCUACUGAUGUUACGUAUGCAGCUACGCCACAAAUGGAUUGGAGAAACACUCCAUUUACAGGGAAUGCUCAACAGUUCAAUGGGCCUGUCAUCAAUCAACAGCAACCUCAAGUUCCGAUGACAGCGCAUCAUCCUCAUCAGCAAGAUAUCUUGAGACCAUCUAACAUUACUCAAGGUCCACCAUUACCUUCAGCCAGUUUUUCUGGUACAAAUACUUCUGUUCCUCAAAGGCCGUAUGUACCUCCUGUACCAACCCAGUUGAACAACAGUAUAUAUGCUCCUCACCAAAGAACAAAUGAGUCCGCAGCUCAGCAGUUUUCAUCCAAUAGCUAUGGGAUGACACAAGUAUCUAAUAUUCAAACAUAUCCCAUCUCUCAACCUGUGAUUCAACAACAUCCCGCUGUGGCUUCAAUUCCAAGUGUUCCUCAGCAGCCAACCAUACCAAAAACAUCACCUUCACAACAACCCAACAAUGGCUCUAUCAAUCAUGGUGUACCUGGAAAAACUGGAAAUUACCAAAGUCCUUAUGCAAACUAUCCACCGUACUCUGCUAGUCCAUCUCCGCAUGUGCCUCCUGCUAACCCAGGAAACAUUUCCAAUAAUACUACGAAUUUCCAUGAGCAGAAUAAGCAGCCAACUGCACCAACAGCGCAACCAAUGUAUAAUGGAUCUUCCUUCUCUACUCCGAUGAAUCAGUCUUUCAAUACAAAUCCCUCUCCUUGGCAUAAAACAGUUCCUCAGAAUCCUUCUCCAUGGCAUGGUAAUGCAAGCAAUACAUGUGCGAAUCUACCAGUAACUCAAGUUUAUCAAGCUCCAACAACUCAGCAAACGUUUGCAGUGCAGCCGUCUAAUGUGAACAGUACACCAGCCACUCAAGCUGCACCCCAAAGUAAUUUGGAUUUGUUGAGCUCUCUAUUAGGGCCAAUAGAUUCAACUCCAGCUAUUCAACCUAUUCCUGCUGGUCAGAGUGAAAUGCGUUGUAAGUCUUCUUCGUGGCAUUUUGAUAUGUUAUCACAUUAA